UCAAAAUGAAGCUGUGUUACAUUUUCUGGUUACUGUGUUUGGCAUCACAUUCACACAGUCACACUUCAAAAUGAAGCUGUGUUGCAUUUUCUGGUUACUGUAUUUGGUAUCUACUUCCCUCACAUUCACUUUGGUAUAUGCCGGUAACGUCACCUAUGAUGGUCGCUCACUCAUCAUUGAUGGCCAACGCAAGCUUCUUAUCUCUGCUUCCAUUCAUUACCCUCGAAGUGUUCCUGCGAUGUGGCCUGGUCUUGUUCAAACAGCCAAGGAAGGUGGUGUGGAUGUGAUUGAAACCUAUGUUUUCUGGAAUAGUCAUGAGCUUUCUCCCGGAAAUUAUUACUUUGGAGGACGGUUUGAUCUUGUCCAGUUUGCAAAGAUUGUUCAGGAGGCUGGAAUGUACUUGAUUCUUCGAAUCGGCCCAUUUGUUGCUGCAGAAUGGAAUUUUGGUGGAGUGCCAGUAUGGUUGCAUUAUAUUCCAAGCACUGUAUUCAGGACAUACAAUCAGCCUUUUAUGUAUCAUAUGGAGAAAUUUACAACAUACAUAGUGAACCUAAUGAAGCAAGAGAAGCUUUUUGCUUCUCAAGGGGGUCCCAUAAUCUUAUCCCAGGCAAGUAUAACAUUAAACAUGCCAAUUUGUUUUCAUUUCUAUCACGGGGGAACAAAUUUUGGCCGUACAGCAGGUGGUCCAUUCAUUACUACAAGUUACGACUUUGAUGCCCCAAUAGAUGAGUAUGGAUUGCCUAGACUUCCAAAAUGGGGACAUCUUAAGGAACUUCACAAAGCUAUCAAGUUAUGUGAGCAUGUAUUGCUUUAUGGAAAAUCGGUUAGUGUCUCCCUUGGUCCUUCUGUGGAGACUGUCUCCCUUGGUCCUUAUGUGAGGUAUUUGCUUUAUGACUUCGUAGGAGCAGGAGUAACAAGUGUACAGAUUAAGGGUCUCAACAACAAGACGAUAGACUUGUCUUCUAAUGCGUGUACUUACAAGAUUGGAGUACAAGGAGAACAUCUAAGGAUAUGCGAGGGAGAUGGGUUGAAUAGCAUGAACUGGACAUCUACUCCAAAACCACCAAAAGGGCAGACAUUGACAUGGUACAAGGCUAUUGUGGAUGCUCCACCUGGAGAUGAACCAGUUAGAUUGGAUAUGUUGUAUAUGGGAAAAGGUUUUGCCUGGUUAAACGGAGAAGGAAUCGGAAGAUAUUGGCCCAGGAUAAGUGAAUUGAAGAAGGAAGACUGUGUUGAAGAAUGUGACUACAGAGGCAAAUUCAAUCCAAAUAAAUGUGACACUGGUUGUGGAGAACCUUCACAGAAAUGGUAUCAUGUUCCACGAUCAUGGUUCAAGCCAUCUGGAAAUGUUCUUGUCUUCUUUGUGGAGAAAGGUGGUGAUCCAACAAAGAUAAUGUUCAUACUACACUUGAUCUUAGCCAAAAGGCCGAGAAAGGCUGACGUGUAUACUGACUCAUCUGGAGCGUGUGCUGCCUUUAUUGCUAAUGUUGAUGAUAAAAAUGAUAAGACAGUGGAAUUUCGGAAUGCAUCAUAUCACUUGCCAGCAUGGUCAGUUAGCAUUCUUCCUGAUUGCAAUAAUGUAGUGUUCAACACCGCAAAGGUUUCUACCCAGACAAACAAAAUUGCAAUGAUUCCAGAGAAAUUGCAGCAAUCAGAUAAAGGUCAAAAAACUUUUAAAUGGGAUGUAUGGAAGGAGAACCCAGGGAUCUGGGGGAAGCCUGACUUUGUCAUAAAUGGCUUUGUCGACCACAUCAAUACUACCAAAGAUACUACUGAUUACCUGUGGCAUACAACAAGUCCAUCCGUUGAUGAAAAUGAAGAGCUCCUAAAGAAAGGAAGCAAACCAGUUCUUCUAAUAGAAUCCAAGGGCCAUGCUCUCCAUGAUUUUGUGAAUCAGAAAUAUCAAGGUACUGCAUAUGGAAAUGGUUCACAUGCGGCAUUCACUUUUAAGAACCCCGUCUCUCUCAAGGCAGGGAAGAAUGAAAUUGCAUUAUUAAGCAUGACUGUUGGCUUGCAGAAUGCUGGACCAUUUUAUGACUUCGUAGGAGCAGGAGUAACAAGUGUACAGAUUAAGGGUCUCAACAACAAGACGAUAGACUUGUCUUCUAAUGCGUGGAGUUACAAGAUUGGAGUACAAGGAGAACAUCUAAGGAUAUACGAGGGAGAUGGGUUGAAUAGCAUGAACUGGACAUCUACUUCAAAACCACCAAAAGGGCAGACAUUGACAUGGUACAAGGCUAUUGUGGAUGCUCCACCUGGAGAUGAACCAGUUGGAUUGGAUAUGUUGUAUAUGGGAAAAGGUUGUGCCUGGUUAAACGGAGAAGGAAUCGGAAGAUAUUGGCCCAGGAUAAGUGAAUUCAAGAAGGAAGACUGUGUUGAAGAAUGUGACUACAGAGGCAAAUUCAAUCCAGAUAAAUGUGACACUGGUUGUGGAGAACCUUCACAGAAAUGGUAUCAUGUUCCACGAUCGUUGUUCAAGCCAUCUGAGGAGAAAGGUGGUGAUCCAACAAAGAUAACGUUCGUGAGACGUAAAGUAGUAUCUACAGCAUAGCGGUUUUUCAGGUUGACGAAACCAUAAUGUGCAUCAAUCAAUUACUGAUGACUUAAAAGUUUGAACUAGAAUUGGUGGGGUGCGCCUAGCCAAUGCAAUAGUGCAACACAUUGACGAC